AUAUAACUGUCCCUACUUUAAAUUCUUUUUUUUUUCUGUCUCAUGCUUUAAAUCAUUCAUCAAAAGAAAAUAUAAAGAUCCAGAUUCUUCUUCCAUGUCCUCGAGCAAUUCGCUUCUACCCUCGGGGAUGGCUGUCUCUAGUUUACUAAAACCAGCAGCUCUCUGUGCAUUUCUCGCUUAUCAUGGUCUUAGUAAGAGAUCACUCGCCCCAUCAGGUGCUCUGGCAGCCACUGUAGUUGGAAUGGGCACUUUCACCAACUCUCCUUAUGUUUUUGGCUCUGUCCUUUUGGCCUUUUAUCUGUCAUCAAGUCGGAUGACCAAGUACAAAUCACAGAUUAAGAAGACACUCGAGGAAGAUCAUCAAGAGGGCGGUGGUAGAACAGCUACACAAGUGUUUUCAAAUGGCGCUACAGGCACAGCAUUGGCACUGGCUUUCCAGUAUAUCUAUUGGACAACAGAAUCUCGACCUGCAACCCUUUUCUUCACAGACCCACGAGCUACAUUCAUACUCUUUUCGUACAUUGGACAUUAUGCCUGCUGCAACGGGGACACUUGGUCAAGUGAAUUGGGAAUUUUAAACAAGUCAUGGCCAACAUUAAUCACGACCUUCAAGAAGGUUCCUCCUGGCACGAAUGGAGGUGUUUCAUUUUUGGGAUUGAAAGCCUCGAUUGCUGGUGGUUACUUUAUCGGUAUCACAGCUACUCUUAGUAUGAUUGUUCAAUUAGCAUUCGAAACUCCUAGCUUAUGGCAAUUCAGCAAAGGAUGGAGCGGACUGGAAACUUUUGUAUCAUCCCUAGAUCCCAGGUUCUUUCUCGCGACCAUUGCUGCGGGAGCAGGAGCAGGGCUUUUUGGAUCUUUGCUUGAUUCACUUAUGGGAGCGACUAUGCAAAAAUCCAAGUACUCGACCAAGAAUAAGGUGAUCACGUAUAAGCCUGCAGAAAAGGGUGAUGAGGUCAAAGACAUUUCUGGACUUGAUAUUUUAGAUAACCAUCAGGUCAACUUUUUCUCAUCCUUGAUCGUUUCUCUCGCCACUGGGUACCUUGCAACGAAGACUCUUUGGUGAAGCUGUUAUUAUUAAAAGAAUGAAACAUAGAC